GGUGGCGGCGGUUUAAUUUCCUAGUUGCUCAAGAUGGCGGCGGCCGUCUUUCCAAGGCGCUGCUGCAGCCGCUGGAGAAAAGAGAGGAUAAGUCCGCUGCAGGUGAUGCUGUGGGGAGCUGCCGGCCUGGCGUCCCUUCUUACGGUUGCGGCUUCCCUGAAGCCGGAGCCGGAGCCGGUGAGGAGCCACGUGGUGGAGCUGAGCGGGUCCAACUGGAGCCUCCUGCUGCAGGGCCAGUGGAUGGUGGAAUUCUAUGCUCCUUGGUGUCCUGUCUGUCAGCAAAUGGAAUUGGCGUGGGAAGCUUUUGCAAGAAACAGCAAGGAACUUGAACUCAGUGUGGGCAAGGUUGAUGUCACUCAAGAACCAGGUGUAAGUGGCCAUUUCUUAGUCACUACUCUUCCCACUAUUUACCAUGCAAAGGAUGGAGUUUUUCGCAGAUACCGUGGCUCGAAGACAUUGGAGGAUCUAGAGAGUUAUAUCCUGGAGAGAAAAUGGGAAAGUGUAGAACCUGUGGCAGGAUGGAAGUCUCCCACAUCUCUAAUGAUGUAUGGAAUGGCAGGACUCUUCCAUUUGUCUGGAUGGAUCAGACAAAUCCACAACUAUUUUACUGGCACUCUUGGGAUUCAUAUUUGGGUUUCUUAUGCCAUCUUCAUAUUAGCCACCCUUCUGAUUGGUCUUAUCUUGGCUUUGAUACUUGUUUUGCUUAUAGAUUGCAUGUGUCCAGCUAAGUCCAAAGAAGAAAGCUUUGAUUCUGUAGAUUCUGAUGAGAAUAAAACAGAAGAUCAACAGCAAUUGUUGGAGCUUUCAGCAGGGGGCAAAAUGCCAGAAGAGGGUUUGUCUGUUGGAGAAAACGAAGAAGAGGGAGAAGAGGAGUCUCAACCCAAUUCCUCAGAUGACUCCGCAGUUGAAGGAUGUGAGGGAGAAAAUGAUUCGGAGCCUUUUGAGUCUGACAAGUUAGAGGAGACCUCCUUAAGACAACGUAAAAAUCCGAUGGAGCCUGAACUAUAGUGAAAGUAAUUGAGAAUAUACUUUUAAAUGGACCAAAGAAGAUUGGGACCUUCAUUUUGCAGCUGAAGCCAAAUAUUUGACUUAUAAGCUGUUGCAGCUAAACAUAGGCUGACUGCCAGAAAGCAUCUGUUUUUAUUUUUAAGGUCAAUAUUUUGAAUGUAAAAUAUGACUAAUGUUGAAAUCAGAGACAUGACAAUCAAGCAACCAUGUUGAGUUCAGGGAUAGGUAAGAGGUUUUAUUGCAUCAGCCAUACCAUAAACUCUAUGAAGUGGUCAUUCUAUAUAACUGCAAAUUGUCUGUGUUGCAGAAUUAAGUAUAAAACAAGGAAAGUUUUUUUGAGGCUUGCUGGUACAAGUUAAUUCCAAAAUGUACAGUUGAAGACAAAAAUCUAGAGGACUGAAGGCAGCUUAAGACAGUGAUAAGGUUUUACUGUUUUAUGUGCUUGAACAGAUAACUCUUCAUAGCUCACAGAGGUCUUUGGCUCUAGUUACGUAAGGUAUUUCCUACAGGCUUCAGAGCUAUGAUGUGUGCUUCAGGGGAGAUCAUAGUAUAACAAGAACUAUGUUUACAAUAUAGUUUACAAGCUGCAAGGUUUUACUUUCAGCAUCCUUUCUUGAAAGACAGGAAAGGGUUUUUAAAUAUGGAUGUGGCUUUCGUACAACAAUCAGUUUCAUAUCCAUUGUCCCAAUAUUAAUCUGUCAAGUCAAUAUCUCAGGAUCUGAAUUGUUGUAUUUACUCAAUACUGCUUUAAUAUAACAUUGAUUCUUUUAUGCAUUACAAUUCAACUCACAAUCCAGGAGACACCUGAAAAAAUAUUGCAAAUUUCUUAAUGCAAACAGAAUGUCUGGAUGCAUAAAUUGAUUUUUAAUUUGUCCUCAAUAAUCAGAGUAUUUAUUCCGUCCCAUACUUAUCAAAGUUCUGUAUAGUAUAGAUAUGUGAAGUAAUCAUAUAAGUAUCAGUAUUCCCUUGUAAGGUUAUGUAAGUGUUGAAUGCAUUAUGAUGAAUUAAGUUUAUCAAAGAAGUGUUAUAGUUAUAGUGUUAUUCCCCUUUGUGUUUAGAGGCAAUUAUUUUCAGAGGUAUCCAGCAAAUUAAAAUGAAUGUCAGGAUCAUUGUUGAACAUGCUAUUCAACUUUUAGGUUGAGAGAUUUUUUAAGCCUAAGAAAUGAUAGGCUGAGACGAGAGUA